UUUACAAUUAUUGGUUAGGUUGUAAAUAUUAUCUACGACCAUAACCAGUUCAAAAAUAUCCGUUCGAAUGACACAUCUCCAUAAUGAAUUAUGUUACUCUUUCUUCUUUUUCACUGCGUACAGAAAAAUUGGUUGAAGUCUUGUAUAAACCUAAAAAUUGCAGUAGUAAAGAAGAAAUCACAAUGUUAUGCAGUCGUGUAUUGGCUACAUACAGAAAUCCGUGUAUUCAAAAUAAGCCACUGUUAACAGACAAACAUGACGUUUUGGAGAGUGAAGAAGAUAGUGAAAAUGAAAUUGAACUUUUUUCAAACAUGCGAAAAUUAAGCAUAACUGAUGAAAAUACUCUUAGAAAAGUUAAACAAUCAUACAGUAAAGACUUACGGAUUAUAAUAACUUCAUUACAAGAUAUAGGGUUUAUUGUGAUUGAAGAUAAAAUGUAUACUGCAGUACCAUCUGAAAUUUUUUACUAUAGACAAAAUUAUAAAUUUUUUUGUCCAAGUAGAAAUGUAUUACCAUCUAAAUUUGAUAGAUUUAAUGAAAAGAAUAUUAAAAAUAUUGACAAAAAUCAAAGUUAUGAACAUCAAAACACUAUUUCAAGGUAUGCAGAUAAAAAAUUAUCAAAACAUGUAGAGAAAAGCCCUUGGAAGUACUGGUCAAUGAGACACUUACUAUUCUCAAAGUUUGAUAGUGGUAUAUUAUUGGAUAGUGAAAGUUUUUAUUCAGUAUGUCCAGAAAUUUUAAGUUACCAUAUUGCCAAACGUUGCAAAUGUGAUGUUGCUAUGGAUCCUUUUUGUGGAGCAGGUGGAAAUAUUAUACAGUUAGCUAAAACAUGUAAAUUGGUUAUUGCCAUUGAUAUUGAUCCACAUAAGAUUAAAUUAGCAAAACAUAAUGCUGAAGUUUAUGGUGUUGCUCACAAAAUUGAAUUUAUUGUUGGAGAUUUCUUUAUUUUAGCUAAAAGUAAUCCCAAAUUAAAAGCUGAUGUUAUUUUUAUGUCUCCUCCAUGGGGAGGACCAGAAUAUUCUGCAUUUGAUAACAAAUUUAGUCUAGAAUCUAUGUGUGAUCAUCAUUUUGGAGGUGGUUAUGGUAUAUUUAAUCUUGUUAAAAAAAUUGCCCCAAAUAUUGCUUUUCAUAUGCCAAAGACAACUAAUAUAUUUGAAUGUGUAUGGUUAGCAAAGGGUUAUGGUAAAGUAGAAAUUCAACAAAACAUUAUUAAUAAUAGACUUAAUUCAAUCACUGCUUUCUAUGGAGAAUUCAUAGAUGUAACUGAUGAUGAAUAUUAAAACUACUUUUAAUUAACAUUAUCAGAUAUAUAUUUUUAUUGUUAUUUAAUUUUUAAUGGUGUUAAACAGUUUCUUCAAACUUUAUUACAACUAAAUGUACUUUUCUAAAAUUUAAAUAACUGACAUUAAACUCGUAAAUCGUAACUAUGUAUUUCAGAAACAUGACAAGUUAUAUAACUUGUAUAGUAACUCUAUAUUGGAGUUCAUGUUAUUAUUUUUCAUUUAAAUUGUUUAUACCAAGUUUUUCUUUUUAAAAUGUUAAAGCAUUGUUUUAAAUCAGUGACUAAUUUAUACAUAAUUUUUUUUUUUAAAUGUUUUAUUUGUAUUUGUUUUAAAAUUUUAACUAAUUUUGAUGAUGUAUUUAUCAGUUCUUAACACUAUCCAAUAAAAUUAACUGUAUAAUUUAAUACUGUAGUUACUU